AUGAAUGUAAUUAAUCGUUUACAAUUGUUUAAUUUUUCAAAAAUAAACAUAAGAAAAAUACAAUCAAAUGCAGCACUUGUUGAUAAUUGUCAAAAUGUUCAUAAUCGAAAUCCUAGAAAUUUGGAAUAUUUACGGAUUGCACACCGACCACACGGUUAUCAUUUAGAAAGAAAAAUUCCAUCUUAUUGGCACAAGUUGACUCUUACACGUUCAAUAAAAUAUGUAACUUUUGAGAUAGAGCAUUUUGAAAAUGGAGUUGUUUUGAGUGCAUCAACUAAAGAGUGGCCAAUAAAGAAACGAUUAUACAGUUAG